CACAGAUGGAAAGAAAUAACAGGUUGCGGAGACGGGGGGAUGGGCACCUUCACAUACACGUACAUCCUCCAAUCAGUGGAGGGCAACUGUACGCCUGUCAGAGCGCAGAUGUGAAGCAAUCCACACACACACACUCGCAGCAGUGCAUUUGCCACCUGUCUGGUGAACACGGGGUUAAAUGGCUAAUUGGUUCUAGUGCUGGGGGAGGGCACGAGUUGAAGGAGUGUAGCUCAGGGGCUCGUGAGGGAUCUGAGAGGGCACCCCCUCCCCACGUCCCCUCUUUUCUCUCUCUCUUUCUCCAUCGAUCUAGUUCUCAUUCUGUGAUACCCAUACUGAUGAGCUUGGGUUGAAAAGGGAGAGGGAGGAGGAGGGAGUUGGGGGUGGCAGAAUGAGAGAGAGAGAGAAGGGAGAGAGACACGCAGGCUUUGACGUCGCCCGGCUGCAGCUACAGAGCUCUCACUCACUACACGUAGAACACAACGUGACCACACACACAGCUCUUUCCUCCCUGCUUUGGCUGCACACACACUCACACACACACACAUUCACACACACAGGUACACACAUAUACACACACAUAUACACACAACAAGCAGAAACACACUGGGCGCUAAAACCCAGCUGCUGCCUCCUCCAUCCCAGCAUCCCCUCCUCAUUCUCUUCUUUACCACCCUGAGCAUUUGCGCCUGUGGGAAGAGUCAGUGAGACAAGGUGCAGGAUCGGAGAUUCCCAGCUAUUGGCAUCAGCUAUUGGCAUCACAGGAACGACAGUAGCAGGAGCCCCACGCAGUCUAGUCUCUGGAUUGUGUACCACUGCAUCCCUUCCACUAAAUGACAGGAAUAUUAAUAUAUGCUGCAAUCCCGACCCCUUCCUGCCGGGUUUAGCUCUUCAUUUGCAUUCUUCUAGCUGGGAUUGGUCCUCUCUUUCAUUUCUAUUCGUCAGUAUAGGGGCUUCCGCAGGACUUCUGGCCAUGCCUGUGGUUCCAUGGCAUUAGCUUGGCCACUACACUAGUCUCCAGUACACACUGACACCAUUAGAAGGCAUCUCCGCUGCUUGACACCCCUUGUCUAUCUGCAGUUGCCAGGCUGGAUUUGGGAUUUUGCAUUGCAAUGGCAACUAAUGGAGAGGGGGUUGGCAAAUCCAAAGGGAUUUCGUUGGACUGCGAUCUGGCAACUCCAUUAACUGCCCUCCAGAGAUCAUCUCUAGUUACUUUUUAAACCCAAAGCGAGGAAUCUCCUGCAUUUGAUUAAGGAAGACUGAAGCAUCAGUUACAUUUCAAUGGAUUUCCAGGGAUUCUCCCCCAACCUGCACUAAAGAAGAAAUCAGCUCCUUUUUUGGCCAUAAAAAAAGCAAUACUGUUAUUCUAUCUCUAUCUGUUUUUUUAAUUACUUCUCCUGCGGGUCCCACUGUGUGGAACCAGCAGUGGUCAAGAGUGGUGGAAUCUAAACUGUGACCUUACAGGUCUUUUGUCUAUUGCUGGCCUCUGUAAGGUCCUGUUGAGUCCCUGGGCUGGAUAUGUCCAUGUUAACGUGAAGAUGGAUUUGGGUUACGGUGUGUUGUGGCUACUGACAGUUCUCCUAGAAGGCAUUUCUUGCCAAGGGGUUUAUGCUCCCCCUACUGUUCGGAUUAUUCAUUCUGGAUUGGCCUGUAAUAUCGAGGAAGAACGGUAUUCAGAAAGAGUUUACACAAUACGGGAAGGGGAGACACUAGAGUUAACAUGCCUGGUUACAGGACAUCCCAGACCACAGAUCAGGUGGACUAAAACUGCAGGAAGUGCAUCGGAUAGAUUUCAAGACUCCAGUGUUUUCAAUGAAACUUUGAGGAUUGAAAAUAUUCAGAGACAUCAAGGAGGCCGUUACUACUGUAAAGCAGAAAAUGGAUUAGGCUCUCCUGCAAUAAAAUCAAUACGAGUUGAUGUAUACUAUCUAGAUGAUCCCAUUGUGACUGUGCAUCAAAGUAUUGGGGAAGCAAAGGAGCAAUUUUACUAUGAAAGAACUGUUUUCUUACGAUGUAUUGCUAACUCCAACCCACCAGUUCGAUAUAGCUGGAAACGUGGUGAAGAGAUAUUGCUUCAGGGAUCUGAUAAAGGGGUAGAAAUUUAUGAGCCAUUCUUCACCCAGGUAGGAAUUAAGGGUGAAACAAAGAUUUUGAAGCUCAAAAAUCUUCGGCCUCAGGAUUAUGCCAAUUACAGCUGUAUUGCUUCAGUGAGAAAUGUUUGCAAUAUACCUGACAAAAUGGUGUCGUUUAAGCUUUCCAACAGAACAGCUUCCCCAUCGAUCAAACUCUUGGUGGAUGAUCCUAUAGUUGUGAAUCCUGGUGAAGCAAUCACAUUAGUAUGUGUUACAACUGGUGGUGAACCAACUCCAACACUCUUGUGGGUUAGAUCGACUGGUACACUUCCUGAAAAGACUGUUCUUAAAGGUGGAACUCUAACCAUACCAGCCAUUACUUCAGAGGAUGCUGGCACAUACAGCUGCAUUGCUAAUAAUAAUGUUGGAAACCCAGCAAAAAAGUCUACCAGUAUUAUCGUUAGAGCUUUAAAAAAAGGUCGUUUCUGGAUUACACCUGAUCCCUAUCACAAAGAUGACAAUAUUCAGAUUGGCCGUGAGGUGAAGAUUUCCUGCCAAGUGGAAGCCGUUCCAUCUGAAGAACUGACAUUUAGCUGGUUUAAAAAUGGCAGACCAUUGCGGAGUUCUGAAAGAAUGGUGAUUACACAAACUGACCCUGAUGUCUCACCUGGUACCACUAAUCUUGAUAUUAUCGACUUAAAAUUCACAGACUUUGGGACAUACACGUGUGUGGCAUCUCUAAAGGGAGGAGGAAUUUCUGACAUCAGUAUUGAUGUUAAUAUAUCCAGCAGUACAGUUCCUCCAAAUCUUACUGUUCCCAAGGGAAAAUCUCCAAUGGUUGCCCGGGAAGGAGACACAAUUGAACUACAGUGCCAGAUUUCGGGCAAGCCCAAGCCAAUUAUUAUGUGGUCCAGAGCAGACAAAGAUGUUCCAAUGCCAGAUGGAUCCAUGCAGAUGGAGAGUUAUGAUGGCAUACUAAGGAUUGUAAAUGUUUCAAGAGAAAUGACAGGAACCUACAGGUGUCAGACAAGUCAAUACAAUGGAUUUAAUGUCAAACCAAGAGAUGCCUUGGUUCAGCUGAUUGUACAAUAUCCACCAGCAGUUGAACCACUAUUCCAAGAAAUACGACAAGGAUUGGGCCAUAGCGUGACAAUGAACUGCAGAGUACUGAGAGCAUAUCCCACACGGGUCUUAAUGUAUGAAUGGCGGCUGGGGAAUAAGUUGCUAGAAAAAGGACAAUUUGACUCUCAAGAUUUUACAGAGUUAACUGUAAAUAUUCUUGCCAAGGAGCAUUAUGGGACAUACAACUGUAGCAUUAUUAAUGAAGCUGGAUCUGGUCGGUGCAGUUUUCUCAUAACAGGGAAGGCUUAUCCCCCAGAGUUCUACUAUGACACUUAUAAUCCUCUUUGGCAGAACAAAGCUCAAAUUUAUUCUUACAAAUUACAGUGGACGCAGAUGAAUCCAGAUGCAGUUGAUCGUAUACUUGCAUACCGUCUGGGGAUUAGACAGGCAGGUCUACAACGCUGGUGGGAACGGGAAAUUUCUGUCAAUGGAAUCAUUAAGAAAGGCGAGUUAAUGACAAAUAAUCUUACUGAGCUGGUGAGACCAGAGCCCUAUGAAGUUCGUCUUACACCUAUAAAUAGAUUUGGAGAAGGUGACUCAGCUAUACGGAUAAUUAAAUAUAGUGCUCCAAUAAAUCCACAUUUACGAGAAUUUCAUUGUGGCUUUGAAGAAAGUAACAUCUGCUUGUUUACACAAGAUGACGCUGAUAUCUUUGACUGGACAAAACAAAGUGCUAGCACAAGAGACACCAGAUAUACUCCAAAUACAGGUCCAACAACAGAUGCUGGAGGCUCAAAACAUGGUUUCUACAUGUACAUAGAGACAUCUAGACCCCGGAUGGAUGGAGAAAAAGCCAGGCUUCUUAGCCCAGUUUUUAAUAUAGCUCAAAAGAAUCCAUAUGGAUCCAGCAACACUGUAUAUUGUUUUAGUUUUUUCUACCAUAUGUAUGGCAAACAUAUAGGAACAUUGAAUAUAUUACUUCGCUUGAAAGGACAAACUAGCACAGAUAUUCCAUUAUGGUCGGCAAGAGGAAAUAAAGGCGAGCAGUGGAAGCAGGCGCAUCUAAAUAUACACCCAACAUCUUCAUUUCAGCUAAUAUUUGAAGGGGUUCGAGGUGAUGGAAUCGAAGGAGACAUUGCUAUAGAUGAUAUAUCUAUCAUGGAGGGGGAAUGUUCAAUAAUAGAUCAGCCUGAUACCACUCCAUCAUCUGGUGGUAAUGGGACAUUCAUACAUAUAUGGCUGUAUCCAGUUUUUCUUUUUCUCUCUGUUUUAAGUCAUCAGAGGUGACCAUAUCCUGGCAGAGGCUACAAAAGAUUCCGUAGGCACCAGUAUGAAGAAGAGUCUUUGUAAAUGGACAUCUGAAAAACAAACUACCAAAGAGUCCUUCACUAAAGCACUGGGAAUGAACCGAACAUGGAAUAUAAAUUAUUACAAACUACACAAGACCUGCAAAUAGAGGAGAUCUUGAAUUGAAGUGCUUCUGUGGCUGUUGUGAAUUCAGUAUUAUCUAAUUAUUCUCCUUUAAAAGGGAGUAAUGAAAUUUCUUGUCAAAGCACAAAGUCAUGGCUGGUUUUGUUUCAAAUGAAUAGUUUGCUAGUUACCAUGGACACCUAAUGGCCUGCCAACUAAACCUCACAGUAAACAGGGUACGUGAAGAUCUGGCAUUUAUUUUCAAUCCAAGAAGGUUUUUAAUACAGAAAAAAAGUAAGCCCUUUUGCCUUGGCUGCCUCCAUUCUACACUCAAAGCUCCACCGAACAGUUGUUUCAUAUUAUCAUAGCUUUGCUAAAUGAAAGGUAUUCUAUAUCUUUUUGCAUGCAAAAUGACUCCAAGAAGAGCAGCCCUGUCCUAAAAUCUUCAUCAACCUGCAGGAUUUUGCUUGUAGUCACUGGCACCAAGACCAAUUCAUCAAGUGUAAUAAAUAAACCAAACCACCACCUUUUAUAAAUUGCCAGGAAACCAAGUGCCUUCAAUUAAACAAGCCUAAAAAGUUAGCUGAAUAAGCUUGCACUGCUGUGAGUGGUUUGUGGAAUAUAAACUAUUUUAUAAGCAAAGUACAUCCUAUGGGUACUAAUCCACAGGCCAGAUUAAAAAUAGGCUGUCAGAAGAACGUUAAUUCAUAAAUUCUUGGAAUCCGAUUUAUUUUGUCUCACCUUUUUAAACAGCCAUGGCCUUCUCACAUGUUAUCUGUUUGUCAGUAUCUAAUAUCUUUAAGUCAAAAUUGGACAAAAUAAUUUUUCAGAUUUCCAAAAAAUAUUGAAGGUGGUUUGAAAAGUUAUUCAAAUACUCUCCACUUUUUUAUGAAAAAAUGAUUUCUUACACUUAUCUACAUUUGAAAUGAAAUCAGUCUGAUCUCAAGAGGAGAAACAGAAAAAGCUCUGAGUAUCUACGACUGCAAUGCAAGUGACAUCUACUGAAACACUGGGUCUGAACAAUAGUCUUCAUCUAAAAAUUUUGAGGGUUUAUGCCUCUGCCCUUUAAUCAGACUCUGUGCAGACUGUGAUAUAUUAUUUUAUUAUGUUGGCAAGUUUCGAAACAAAUAUACAAUUUUACAUAAAACUGUAAAAAUGACUGAGCUACCUGAUUAUCAUACCUUAACCAGCCACUUUUUCAAUGCAUUGUUCAUGUCCCUUAUACUGUUGGCUAUGAACAUUUUGAAGUUUUUUUUUACUUUAAAAAAACAUUUAAUUUCAUUUAAAAUAUUUUAUCGACUGAAAUUAUUUUAUGUUCUUUUAAACAUGGUGGUUGCAAAAUGUUAUGCAAGUAAUUGGGCUACAAAUAAAUAAUAAAAAUCCAUAACUGCAGAAAUUGGUUCAAAAUAAAAAAAAGCACAAAGAAAAUUUAGUAAAUCCAUGACAACGUUUUCUUUCUUUUUCUUUCUUUUUUUUUUUUUUUACUUCUAUAGAAAUGUUUGUGCAGAUUCAGUAAUUCAACUGAAAAAUACUUUUACAGCUAUGUUCAAUAAAGCCUCUUUCCAGGUAAGGUAUAA